CUAUUUCCGCUUCCGUUUUGUGCCUGAUCUGAUCAUUCCCGAAGAUGUUGGGAGACUGUGUUCUUAUUGUGUUCAUAUCAAUAUGUACAGCUUUGCUUGGAGAAGGUUUAACAUGGCUACUAGUUUACAGGACUGAGAAGUACAAGAAGCUGAAAGCCGAAGUAGAAAAGCAAAGCAAAAAGUUGGAGAAGCAGCGAGAGGCUGGUGGAGAAGCAGCUGAUCGUGGUCAGAAGAAGAAAUUAGAACGUCAGGAAGAGAAGUUGAAAAACAACAGUCGUGAUUUGUCUUUUGUGAAAAUGAAGUCAAUGUUUGCUAUUGGGUUUGCGUUUACUGCCCUUCUAAGCAUGUUCAAUUCAAUAUUUGAUGGUCGAGUUGUUGCCAAGCUGCCAUUUAUGCCCAUCUCACUGAUGCAAGGAAUCUCACAUCGGAAUUUGCCGGGAGAAGAUUAUUUUGACUGUUCCUUUAUCUUCCUCUACAUUCUCUGUACCAUGUCCAUCAGACAGAACAUCCAGAAAAUGCUGGGUCUCGCUCCGUCCCGGGCCGCCAGCAAGCAGGGCACUGGGUUCUUUACCCCACCAAGUCAGCUUACAAAGUAACGUCCCUACCAACUUUGCUCUACUACUCCAUUGAGAAUCCAACCCAUGGACUUCACUACAAGAAUGCAAGUUAUCACAAGAUAUGAAUAAAGGCUAAAAGGAAAAGAUCGUCUUCAGAGAACAGGAGGGAAGAGUUUCUGUUAAGAGCGUUGUGCCAAGACUGUAACCUGACCAUUGCCUGAUGGUUACAACCCUGUUAUCUGUACAUAUUAGUAUUCGACGAUGAAAGAAUUCACCGAUGUGAUCUCAUAUAUAUCAUACAUGAUACAUUUCAUUAGAUGGUCUUAUAAGUGGUAGUGGUGUUAAUAAAUGUAGUCUAUUAUUUCAUGUUAACAUUUAUUUAAGUAAUUAAUUAAAAUCACAUGGAUAUGAGACAAAAGUGAUAUUAUUUUUUUUUAUCUUAAAAUACAUCCAUUCAUCCUUCAAGGAAAUUGUGUAUGGUGAUAAUGUAGACUGAUGUAUUUUAUAAUUUAUAAAUGGAAAGUAAAUAUACUCAACCAGAUUAGGUAAGUAAUUUGAUGGUGAGCAUACCUCAAAUUCUGAGAUUAGUACCUUGGCUACCAGCCAUUAUCAGAUCCCUUUAAGAAAGUUGUGUGAAAAGUCUUGCAUCAUAUUUCUCAGCAUAUUCUAUCACUGCAAUAUUGUGUUUGUCUCUGAAAUAAUUGUUUACAGAGGUACUUAUUCAGAAAUAAACCUUUUAGAUAUA